CCCAAGCGGAUUCACAGCAUGAACACUGCGGUUCCCACUCGCAGUUGAAGAAAGAAAGCGAAGCAGAAGAAAGGGGAAGAUGAGCGAGACAGAGACGAGGCCCGUCCCAAGGAGAGAGAGUCCAUGGGGAGUUUCAGAAGGAAACCAUCGUCAACCUAAGGCUCACCGAUGCAACGACCGAGCUGAGGAUGUCGUUCAGGCUUGCUUUGAGGGAAACCCAUUCAAGACAGUUCCCGGACCUUUCAAGCUCUUCUGGCGGUGCAUGCGCUCAAAACCUGGGGAAGAACCAACAGAGCCUUAUACUUAUUUGCAGUUGGAUCCUCCAAAGAGAGAGGUGAAACUUGAGUAGUGAAGCUUCUACAAAGGCCUUAAGAACAAGUUCGGCCGUGAGUUUCUUAUGAGAUCCAUAAAUUUCAACUGCUGCUUGAUUGUGGAUGAAAAUUCAAGUAGUUCGGGCAUCAGUGAAGCUACUGGUUUUUUUUUUUUUUUUUUUUCAUUUUUGACUGCAAAAAUGUCGUAUAAUUAGGUUUUUUUUGGGGGGGGGGGGCAUCAGUUUUUACACCUCUCCUAUUUUCUUGAAUACAAACUAGACACCCUGUGCCUAUUUGUUCUACUGCUGGAACUUGCUUUCCCAAUAAAACUUGCCAAUGAUAAUCUAAUGAAAAAUCUUUGAUGGUACCGGUUUUA